AUGCCGUGCCGGCCGGGCGAGCGCUUCCUGCUGCUGGAGCGCUCGGUGGCCGUGGGGCCGGCGGGCUCCAAGGAGGUGGACGCGCUGGUGGCCAAGCUGGGCGAGGUGCUGCAGCUGAGCGCCCAGCGGGCGCCGCCGCCCCGCGGCUCCAAGCACCAGCCGGGGCCGGGCAGCGCUCGCGACCGCGCCGCGCCCUACUCGCCGCGCUGCUGCCCGCCCGCCCCGCCGCCCGCCGCGCCGCGGCCCGAGCAGCAGCGGGUGGCCAAGCAGCUGUGCGGCCGCGGCUGGCUGCGGAGCGCCGCCCGCCGGAGGAAGCAGCAGCGGCGGCCGCCGCCGGGCCCGCCCGACCCGCACGAGGAGGACCCGCACCGGCUCCUGCAGCAGCUCAUCCUCUCCGGGAACCUCAUCAAGGAGGCGGUGCGGCGCCUGCAGCUGGCGGCGGCCGCCGUGGGGAGCGGCGGAGGGGACGGCGAGGCGGCGGCCGCAGCUCCGCAGUAG